AUGCCGCUUGGUGCGACUAAUGCAACGCGUUUACUUGAAAACGAUACCCACAAUGUUUUCUUAACAAUCAGUCGAGAGAAUAAUGUGACAGAAUUCGAAGAAACUAUGAAGGUUUGCAAGUAA